GAAUUAAAUUUUGUAAUUUGUUUUUAUUUAUUUUCUAACAAAAAAAUUAUAUAUGUAUGUUUAAUUUUUUGUGCUUUUUUCCCUAAUUAAUUAUUUCGAAUAAUUGUAUUGUUAUGGCUAUCAGAUUAAGAGACUCGGCAUUUAAAUGUCUGUUUACUGAAGUAAAAAAAUUUCACCUUCGCCCUGUAAAAAAAUUAAGUUUUCAAUUCGAUCCUUUUCACGAAAAUGCUAAGUCUGUAAGAGAUUUCUUAUUUCACAUAUCUACGCGUCGUAUCAGGAAAACAAGUGACAUUUGUAUCAUUAAAACUGAUGUUGUGAAUGAUAGAUCUGAACCUACUAUUAAUGUGGAGUUAACCAACGGUCUGCACAUUUUGUUCAAGUGUGCAAACUUAUCAACUUUAGAUGUUGCUAGAGAAUACAACAAAUUAAUGGACAAAUAUGAUGUGCAAGAGGAGGAAUCUACUCUGAAAUUAAAAGGUGCACUUCAAAAAGACUAUUCAAAAAAGAAAAAGUGAUUCAUUAGUGUCUUAUAUUGAAAAGUAAUCAGUAGUAACUCCAUAUUCUCAAUAUCAAAAAUGAAAGAUUCUUACAAAGCAAAUGUUAACAUAUUUAACAAAGUGUAUGAUCAAUUACCUGCCUUUGUUGAUGUUUUUGAUGAAGAAUCAUUCUAUGUAUUUGUAAUAUUUUUCACUCUGGGAACCAUUCUUCUUGCUUUUAUUUUGUCAAGAUUCAUCACCAUUAAAGCCAUUGAUUGAUAUGUUGCUUUUUGGGUAAAUGUAGUUUUUUUUUAAAUUAAUUUUUAUUACAACAAAAUUAAAAUAUUUUGUGUUACUGUUUUAAUUAUGUAAACCAUGUUUAGAAAUUAAAAGUGUGAAAACUUGUUUUGAUAAAUUCGUUUUUGUGCAUUAGUAAUUUCGAAAUUUUUUUAAUUCUAUAUUAAUAAAUGCUUUUUUAUUUCUUAUUAUUUAUCAUAGUUGGCUACUAAACAUCUAAGUUCUAACCACAAAAUUUGUUAUUAAGAACAAAUUGUUAAUCUUAGUAAAAUAUGCUAGAAUUUUCAUUUUAUAAGUGUGGUUAUCAACCAUAUUCAGGGCUGCGAACUUUUCAUGCUUUGGGAAAAUUUUUCGUAGUGUUAGCUAAGUUUAUGUUUUAAUGUUAGAUCUUUUGCUUUUCAAAUGUGUUCAAACUCUCUCAAGGUCAGGCUCUUAAAAUGUUGGCAAAAUUACCCGAAUUACGAAAAAAAAUUUGCAAAAAGCGUAAUACUUGGCAGUUCUGCAUAUUACACAAUUUCAUUUUAUUAUUAUUUUUUACAUCAUUUAUUUUAAAUUGAUAUUGCACUUUUCAUAUAAUACUGUUAUGUAAAAGCUUCUAUAACUUGGGUGUUAUUGCAGUUUUCACGAUCGUUUAUUAUAUCUAGCUGCUUUAUAAGUAAUUAAUAUAUCUGUGGUUACAUUCAUGUGCAGUCAUUUUUUUUAAAAGGUUAUAUAAAUUGUAUUUAUUAACACAAACAGCUGAAGCUGUAAAGUGGACAAAAAGCUAUAUCUAGAUAUAAAUAUGAAAUGAAUCUUUCCUUUUCUGUUCAGUAGUUAAAAAACCUAGUUACUUUUAAAAUUUUGAUUAAUAUUGUUUUUGCGUUAAGCCACAGAAAUGGCAUUGAACAAAAAUUAUGUAAUAAAUCAUUGAAAAUGUUUUAAAUGAACCAAAUUCUUUCAAAGCAAAAUGAUUAGUUGUAGUUUUAUCUCAUGUAUUAUUUAAAUAGUUUUGAAAUUCUAAAAAUAAUCAAAUUAUAUUGUUUGCUUAUGAAUAUGAAAUUCAUAAGAAACUUCACCUUUUUUAUAUUAUAAAGUUUAAUUCUAGAAUCCAAACUUUUUGCAUUAUUUUAUUUUUCUAAUAACUUUUUCAGAAUUACAAAAUUACAGUUGUAAUUUCUUUUGAAAUUUUACUGGACAAAAUAUUAUGAUGUCAUUGCAUGUAAACAAUAUAUUAUCCAUUUAGUCUGCAUUCUGUGAACAUAGCUUCGUCACAUUUAA